GAUAUCCAAGCAGCAGGAGAGCUUGAGGCUUGAACAGGUAGCAGGAAUGUAACCUCCCGGUUCUUCCACAGGGAAAUGGACGAGAUAAGGCCUUUGUUGGACAACCAGCAGCACCAGAACUCAGAUCUUCUGUCCCCCAACCUGAGGCCGAGACACCAGAAUCUGAUCCCUACACCAUGUGGACCGAUCAAGGCGUGGUCGGAGCUGUCCAACCUGGUGAAGAUCUAUUUCUGCUUCAGCAUCGUGUCCCUGCUGGCGCUGCUCGGCCUCACCAUCUCCAGCAUAUACAAGCAGCACAAGACCACGGACGUGGCUGACGAGGACAACUUCACGGUGUCCCUCAUUCAGCUGGUUGGAAUAUGUUUUUGCAUCUACUACAUCACCCGUGGCGUGCUGCAGGAGAACAGACAGGAGCUGAUCGCCUUCGUUCUCAGCGUGCUGGUGGUCUUCAUCCGCUCGGUGAUCAACUACGCCGUGGUGGGCUCCAAGGGCAAGCAGGAGGUGCUGGUUCGCUUCGUGUGCAUCGUCAGCCUGGGCAUCAUUCACAUGCUCUGCACCAUGAUGCUCAUCCUCAGGCCCAACAUGAUGGCGUUCCGUGUGGGCGGGGCCCUGGAGAGCCUCCAGGAGCAGUACUUUCUCCUCAACCUGUGUUUCUCCAUGGUGACCUUUGACCUGCAGGCUCAGCUGUGUCUGUGCAUCCUGAUCACAACAUCGGACUCUGCCAUGUCCACCAUCAACACCAUCAUCCUGGGAGUCGGGGUGUUCUGGGCCUUGGUCACCGCCACUUUCGGAGCCAUAGCGGUAUUAAAGGAAUCCAAGGUUCUGGUUUGGGUCUUCAUGGGGCUGAACCUUCCUCAAGUGGCCUUCUUCGUUUACCUGAUGUACUCGGUGAUAGAGAAAUGGUUCAAGGACCAGACGUACACCCUGGAGGCAGCCGCCGUCACCGGAGCUUUAAUUUCACUGCUGAUCAAAGGCGUUUUAUUCUGGGGCCUCAUCAAACUGGUGCAAAGCUUCGGACAGGGACUCAGAGAGAGAAUGUUUGCAUCCAGUUAGAGCGUCUCAUCGGCUGGCUGCACAUCGCCAUCUUCUCUGCAGCUUCUGCAGACUGACAGGAAUGCAUAGCU